GGCCAUCCCUUAUGGCAGCCAUGAAUUUGAGAUCUCCCUCCGCACCUCUUCCUCCCCUUUUCCAUUUUCUGCUGCCCCCUCUUGUUCCCACCCCUCAUAUGCAGAGCUGAACGUGCCUCUACACACACGCAAUCACCUGCCUCCCCCACCCGAAGAUCAACUCUCUCUUUCUUCCCCGCCUCUGCCCACCUCUCAACUGCCCCUCCCCACUAGAGGCCCCUCCGCCUCUGCACUUCCCCCCACCCUCUUAGCUCCUUCUACCAUGCCUCUUCCUCUCACACCUCCUCCUCUCACGCCUCCUUCCAACGCCCUUCCUUCGAAUAGAGGGGGAAAAGAGGAGCAGUGGGUGGAAAGGAGCGGAGUUGGGAAAGUUGAGAAGAUGGAGAAGGAGGAGCAGAGGGGGGAAAUAGGAGAAGCAGGCAGUGAAAUGGUGGGAAGCAGGGGCGGAGAUGAGGGAGGAGGAGGAGUGGCGGGAGGACGAGAAGGCAUGGUGGGAGGAGGAGGAGGCAUGGUGGGAGGAGGAGAAGGCAUGGCGGGAGGAUGGGAAGGCAAGGCGGGAGGAGGAGAAGGCCUGGCGAGAGGAGGAGAAGGUGUGGUGAGAGGAGGAGAGGGGGUGGCGAGAGGAGGAGAAGGCAUGGAGGGAGGAGGAGAAGGCGUGGUGGGAGGAGGAGAAGGCAUGGUGGGAGGAGGAGAAGGCAUAAUGGGAGGAGGAGAAGGCAUGGUGGGAGGAGGAGAAGGCAUGGUGGGAGGAGGAGAAGGCAUGGUGGGAGGAGGAGAGGCGUGGCAGGAGGAGGAGAAGGCAUGGUGGGAGGAUGGGAAGGCAUGGUGGGAGGAGGAGAAGGCAUGGUGGGAGGAGGAGAGGCGCCUGGUGAGAGGAGGAGAAGGCGUGGUGAGAGGAGGAGAGGGGGUGGCGGGAGUAGAAGGAAUGGCGGGAGGAGGAGAAGGCAUGGUGGGAGGAGGGGACGGCAUGGCGGGAGGAGGAGAAGGCAUGGUGGGAGGAGGGGAAGGCAUGGCAGGAGGCAGGGAAGGCAUGGCGGGAGGAGGAGAAGGGACAGGGUGGCAAGAGGAGGACACGCAUAGAGGUGAGAGGAGGCCGCGCGGGGAGGCGAGAGUCGCACGAGCGGGGAGGCGAGAGGAGAGCGCGGGGCGGCAAGAGUCGCGCGCGCGGAAAGACGAGAGGAGAACGCGAACCGGGAGGCGAGAGGAGCACGCGCGGCAAGGCGAGAGGAGGCCGCACGGGGAGGCGAGAGUCGAGCACAUGGGGAGGCGUGAGGAGGCCGCGCGGGGAAAGCGAGAGGAGAGCGCGGGGAUGAGAGAGGAGCACGCGCGGGGAGGCGAGUGGAGAAUGCUCGCCUCUCCCUCCAAUCCCGCCAUCGCCUCUCCCUCCUUCCCAGCCGCCGUCGCCGCUUCUUCCCAUCCCGCCAUCGCCUCUCCCUCCUCCCCGCUGUCACCUCGCCCUCCCUCCCCGCCGUUGCCUCUCCCUCCUCCCCCGCCGUCGCCUCUCCCUCCUCCCCGCCGUCGCCUCUCCCUCCUCCCCGCCGUCGCCUCUCCCUCCUCCCCGCCGUCGCCUCUCCCUCCUCCCCACCGUCGUCGCUUCUUCCCAUCCCGCCGUCGCCUCUCCUCCUCCCCGCCGUCACCUCUCCCUCCUCCCCGCCGUCUCCUCUCCUCCUCCCCGUCGACGCCUCUCCCUCCUCCCCGCCGUUGCCUCUCCUCCUCCCCGCCAUCGCCUCUCCUCCUCCCCGCCGUCGCCUCUCCCUCCUCCCCGCCGUCGCCUCUCCCUCCUCCCUGCCGUCGCCUCUCCCUCCUCCCCGCCGUCGCCUCUCCCUCCUCCCCGCCGUCGCCUCUCCCUCCUCCCCAUCGUCGCCUCUCCCUCCUCCCCGCCGUCUCGCAAGAGCGGGUUGGUGCGCCAGCGCGGGUUGGUGCACCAACGCGUAUUGUUUUCUGA